AUGACCCUCAGCUGGCAGGGGCCAGGGAAGGAGCCGGCUGGCAGCGGGGGCAGAGUCUUGUCUGUCUGUCGCGGACACUUCCCAGCCGCCUCUGGCUGGGCUGGGCAUUGCAGGAGUCUGGGCAGGGGUGAUGAGGGGCCGAGGAUCUCGGGCUCAGGAGAUGUGGACACUGGUGUCUCCUUGUCCCUCGACCCACCAGGCCUCUUUGUGUCCUCACAGCCCAGCCAGGUGGAGGACGCUCCAUCUGCGGAGAAGGGUGAGGAGGAGGAAGAGGAAGAGGAGGAGGAGGCAGCCCCAGGCCCAGCCCCAGCCCCAGCCCCAGCGCCUGAAGACCCUGUGGAGCCCCAGCUGGCAGAAGCCAGCCAGGUUCUGGGAGCCUCGGAGAUUAGGCAGCUCAGCCUCCACCUCCCACCGAGAGUCACAGGAUAUUCCUGGCGUCUGGCCUUCUGCACGUCGAGGGAUGGCUUCAGUCUGCGGAGCCUGUACAGGCAGAUGGAGGGCCACAGCGGGCCAGUGCUGCUGGUGCUGCGGGACCAGGAUGGGCAGAUGUUUGGGGCCUUCUCCUCCUCGGCUAUUCGACUCAGCAAAGGCUUCUAUGGUACUGGCGAGACAUUCCUCUUCUCCUUCUCCCCACAGCUGAAGGUCUUUAAGUGGACAGGAAGCAACUCUUUCUUUGUCAAAGGAGACUUGGAUUCACUGAUGAUGGGCAGUGGCAGUGGCCACUUUGGGCUGUGGUUGGACGGAGACUUGUACCACGGGGGAAGCCACCCCUGUGCGACCUUCAAUAACGAGGUGCUGGCCCGGCAGGAGCAGUUCUGCAUCGAGGAGCUGGAGGCCUGGGUUCUGAGCUGAUGCUCUCACGUGGGCAGCUUCCUGAGGGAACAGGAGCUCAGACCUGCUCAUGGAUGCCAUCCGGGCCCCUCCUUGUGCAGGGCAGCCCAUUCUGUCCGAAACAUGGAUGGCGAGGUGGCCUACUGCUGGCUGUGGCUGUGAGCCAGCCUCCCCGUGGCCUGGGGACCCAAGACAGGCCUGGGGGCAGGCAGUGUUCUCCUGG